CUCAAGGCAUCCUUGCCCACCUUCUAUAGAAAGCCCGGUAACCAGACGUUGCUCGGGCGGGCGGGUGGUGGCUGGCGGCGUCCGACCUCAUUUGAGCACCUUCGUCGACGGCCUCGCGACGCGAGCCUGCCGCACGGGGGCGGAGCGCGCGUGUUGCGCUCCCGCGCGCUUCUUGCUGGCGGGGCGCAAUGGCCCGCGCUGCGGUGGGCCUCGGCCUGAGCCCCGCGCAGCAGGCGGGCCUCCUGUCGCUGCUGCGCGCGGUGGCCGACGGGGAGCGGCUGUGCGAGGACGCCCGCGCGAGGCUCUGCGAGGCGCCCGAGUUCGACCCGCAGAGGGCCUUUGGGCAGCUGCAGGGCCCCUCGGGAAACCCGCGCGGCCGGGUCGGCCCCGCCGAGGUCCAUCGAUGGCUGGCCAGGAGCCCCCACGUGGCGACCACGGUGUCGCUGGAGAGCCUCGCGGAGGCGCUCCAGCCAUACCUGAACUCGCACGGAGACCUCAGGUAUGAUGGCUUUCUGAAGAUGUGCAUGCCGAGGGACCCGUCCCGAUCCUGGCUCAAGCAGGUGGCCCUAUCGCGCAGCGUUCAGGCCGCCUGGCCUGCCAGCGGGAGCGCUUCGGCGGACGUGGACAACAGGCUGUGCCAGCUGCUGGAGCGGGAGUGGAACAUGCGUAGUCUGAUAGCCAUGCACCACCGCGGCAGCCCUUCGCUGCAGGCGAUGGCGACGGCCGACGUUGUCAAGUUCCUGGACGCCGAGGAGGGCAUGUGCGCCGGCAUGGGCGACUUCCUCUCCCCGGAGGCCGUGAGGCGGACGCUCGUCGACAGGCUGAGUGCGCUCAGCAGCGCGCAGUGCGACUCCCUGAUGCGCCGGCUCAACCCGUCCGGGCUGUGCCUGAUCGCCUUCGGCGAGCUUGCCAGGCACGUGCUGCCGAAUCCGUCUUGGCACCAGGCGCUGCCCGCGUCAGGUGCCAACGCCCUGCGCGAGGCCUCCCCGGCCAAGGACCACUCGGCGCUGUCCAGCACGAGGCCUGGCACCUCGUGGGCGAUAGACGCCUCGUGCGGCCUCGACGCCGCGCGCGCCCCCUCGCCGCCGCCGCGCUUGCGGGAGCCCGCGGGGCCGCAGGCCUGUCGGUGGGCGCCGCCGGCACGCUGGGAGGUGUCUGCGCUGCCACGGGACCAGUAUGAUCCGAACCGCGACGUCGUCUUCGACGUCAGGGCAGUGCCGGCGGGAGCGCGGAAGGAGGCAUCUCUCGUGCGCAGCGGCUCCACGCCCUUAUCGCCCCUCCCGCGUGACGGCCUCCACGAGUCGCAGAGGAGGGGCUGCGCCUCCGUCACCCAGAGCUGGGAGCAGAGCCUGCGCAGGUCGCCCGACGUGGCGAGGGACUGGAGCCCGCAGCGGCGCGGGCGGCCGCUGAGCGCAGCCGGCCUGAGGACUCCCCGCCCGGAGACGCCGCGGCGGGCCCGCGAACUUGGCGCUACGGCGAGCUACCUGUCGCCAGAGUCGCACGGCAGGCCGGGCUCCCCGCCGCCGUGCCGCGCAUCCCAGUGGCACGCGGCCCCGUCGAGCCCGCCGCGGCGCCAGGCGUCGCCCGGCAGGGCCUCAAGCCUGCCGCCCGGCAAGUCGCUGGCGGCCGCCGCCCGCGGCGCUCGCGCGCCCGCGGCCAUCUGCAAGAGCCCGCCGGCGCUCGCGCCGUCGGCCGGCUGCAGCGCCCUCGCGCACCGCCGCGGUGGGGCGGCGCCCGCGCCAGCGCCACAGCUCGCCGUGGCCCCGCCGUCGGCGAGGUGGCCCCCUCCGGCCAGCAGCUGGGCCAACGGCUCUCUCGUUCGGCGCGUGCUGAAGGCCAUGGCCCUCCAGGCGCACAGCGACGCGCGUGUGGAGGAGGCGAAGCUGCUGCUGCCGGCUGGGCUUCCGCUGGAGGCGGUCUUCAGAGCGCUGGACCGCGCCAACAAGGGCUUCGUUCUCGACACCGACCUCCUCCGCCUGCUGCGGGACUUCGGAGGCUCGCCGGCCUCGGGGAGCAUCGCGGCGCUGGUGAGGGACCGGCAACUGCGGCACCGGUUCGACUACGUCGCGAUACCAGGGCAGCUGUCGUUCCGAGAGAUCGGGUCUCUCGUGUUCCCCGUCGGCUCCGAGGAGCACGAGGCCUUGUGCGCCGCUUCCUCGGACGCGGAGGCGAGGUCGAUCCUGUAUCUCCUGAAGAACUCGGAGCCCUGCCCGCGGUGCGGCAUGCGCGCCCAGCGUGACGCGGACGCCGCUGGCUGUCCGAGCGUCACGUGCCCGGUAUGCGGGGCUUCCUUCCGCUGCUUCGCGGUCGUGGGCGACGCGCCGGGCCCGGAGCCCGUGGGGCUCUCGCCCUCCAGCUCCUACCAGCUCUUCCGUCUGGUCGACACCGCGGCACGCGCUGCGAGUGACGUGGAGGCGGAGCGCGCGAGGCUAGCGGCGCAGCCUGGCUUCGACAUCUGCACGCUGAGCGAUGCGUUCAGCAGCCUCGCCGGCGAGCGCGUGUCCUUCUCGAUCGAGGGCCUCCGCCGCGCGCUCGCGCACCACAGCGUGCACGUCACGGAGGCGGAGCUCGGGCUGCUGUGGGAGCGGUACGCGCCGCACGGCGCCGCCUCCGUGUCCUUCCCCGACUUCGUGCGCCAGCUCCGUGCCGGCAGCCCCUACUGAGCGCUGCGGGGGCCUGCGCGCGCGCGGUCGCCAACGGUCCACGGCGGGCCCCGUCGCCUCGCGCGCGCUCUGCGCUGGUUGGCGAGGUCGGGGGUUUGCAGCUUGUGCUUAGCGUUCGAGUAGGGGAUCGGCUGUGUACAACAUUCGGUCGAUAAUUCUUAGCACUGCUAGUAAUAUGCGUUUUGUCAUUUUGCUCGCGCAUUCCGUGCACCUUCUAGUCCACAGCGAGUUGUGAGACGACGGGGUUCGAACGCCAUUCCACCCCAAGGCGGCCUCUGCUGCGGUCGACGCGGCAGCUUUUGUCGUGUGCGACGGAAUCGUUUAUAAGCCAGUUGCUCUGGCCGCGCGCGCAUGCGCUGCAGCGCUAGAGGCUGGCGAAGCGGAGGCCCGCGAAGCGGCGCCCCUAUAGGAGCUGUGUCUCCAGUCAAUUAGGCGCGCGCGUGUGUAAUUGCACCGCGCGCUCCAGGUGGAAUCAUUUGCGAGUGUCUUGGGCGCUCUGUACUCUACACGUCCUCGGAGGCAAUUCGCCACAGGGCGAAACAAAGUAUCAG